CGGUGCGGCCGGUGUGAGAGCCGGGACAUGCGCAUGCGUAGUGCUGUGUGCUGCUGCUGCUUGGCUGCGUAGUGCUGUAGUCAGUGUCUGGCGCCGUGUGUGUAUCGGAGGAGACCGGGGAGCGAGGAUGGGGGAUCCCGGGGAGGAUGUCAACUCCAACCUGCUCAUACACCGCUCCACCGGGGACACGGAGCUGGACGCCGCCGUUUUCAAGUGGCUGCACUGGGACAGGAACCCGAAAACCAGAGCGCAGAUUGAGGCCCUGCUCCAGGAUGGGAAGAACAAGGAGCUGCGGGACAGGCUCUGCUGCCGGAUGUCCUUUGGUACAGCUGGGUUACGCGCCGCGAUGGGGGCUGGCUUCUCCAAAAUCAAUGACUUGACUGUCAUACAGACCACACAGGGUAUGUACCACUAUCUGGGGAGAUGUUUUCCCGACAUGAAGCAGAGAGGCCUUGUGAUUGGAUAUGACACGCGUGCGCAGCUAUCCAGCGACUGCAGCAGCGAGCGACUGGCGAAGCUGGCAGCCACUGUUCUCCUCAGCAGGGAUGUACCGGUGUACCUGUUCUCCACAUACGUCCCCACUCCGUUUGUGCCCUAUGCUGUUCAGAUGCUCCAGGCCGUCGCUGGUAUAAUGAUCACUGCGUCUCACAAUCGGAAAGAAGACAAUGGCUACAAGGUGUAUUGGGAGAACGGGGCUCAGAUCAACUCCCCGCAUGACAAAGAGAUCCUGAACAGCGUGGCACAGUACCCGGAACCCUGGGCAGAUUCCUGGAGCGAGAACCUGGUGGAGUGCAGCCCACUGAUGAAAGACCCCCUGGGAGACAUCACCAAGAGCUACAUGGAGGACCUCCGAAUGGUUUGUUUCCACAGGGAGCUGAACCAGAAGACCUCGCUGAAGUUCGUCCACACGUCCUUUCACGGAGUUGGCCACGAUUACGUCCAGUCCGCUUUCAAAGUGUUUGGUUUUAACCCACCCAUUCCGGUCCCCGAACAGAAGGACCCGGACCAUAACUUCUCAACUGUGAAAUGUCCAAACCCGGAGGAAGGAGAGUGCGUGCUGGAGCUGGCGCUCAGGCUGGCAGAAAAGAAGGGUGCCAGAAUUGUCUUGGCCACAGACCCAGAUGCUGACCGGCUAGCCGUGGCUGAAUUACAAGACACGGGCCGCUGGAAGGUGUUCACUGGCAAUGAGCUUGCCACCCUCCUCGGGUGGUGGAUGUUCUUUUGCUGGAAGAAUUCUGCGAUGAAAUCCGACGUCAAGGAUGUUUACAUGCUGGCCACCAGCGUCUCCUCCACCAUCCUGCGGGCGAUCGCCUCCAGGGAGGGCUUCCAGUUAGAGGAGACUCUGCCAGGGUUCAAGUGGAUCGGUAACAGAGUGAAACUUCUCCUGGAUAAAGGGAAGACGGUCCUGUUUGCGUUUGAGGAAUCUAUAGGCUUCAUGUGCGGGACGGCCGUGCUGGACAAGGAUGGGGUGAGCGCCGCUGUGGUUGUUGCAGAGAUGGCGACUUACCUGGACAGCCUCAGUACGAACAUGGAGCGGCAGCUCAUCCACAUCUAUGAGACAUAUGGUUACCACAUAUCGAAAACCUCCUAUUUCCUGUGCUACGACCCUGCGACCAUCCAGAGGAUAUUCGAACGGCUGCGCAAUUACAACGCCCCGAAGCAGUACCCCCAGUCGUGCGGGGCCUACGGUGUCCUCUAUGUGCGAGACGUAACAGUGGGCUACGACAGCAGUCAGCAGGACAAGCGAUGUUUACUUCCCGUGAGCAGGAACAGCCAGAUGAUCACGUUCACGUUUCAGAACGGCUGCGUGGCCACCUUGAGAGCAAGCGGCACUGAACCAAAGAUCAAGUACUACGCCGAGAUGUGCGGGAAACCCGGACAGAGUGACCGACCCUUCCUAGAGGAAGAGCUGAAGAAAGUCAUCCAGGUUUUGGUGGAGGAGUUUCUGGAACCCAGCAAGAAUGGGCUGGUCUGGAGAUCUGUGUAAGGAGGUCUCAGCAGUGUAAUCUCCUGCCCCUACCACUCAGCUCCUGGGCAGAUUACACAGUGCCCCUGUCUGCACUAUCCUGGGUGGUGUCCGCAGUAAAUGGACAAUUAAUCAGCACAACAUGAUAGGACACUGCGGACGCGAGUUAUCACACUAUGGUGACACUUCAGAAAAGGAAACCUUAAUCUGUCGUCUUUUUUUUUCCCUUCGCUUAAGAUAUUUCUGCAUUGUGAUUGUAUUUUGUUUGUCCGCUUUUGACCAAAUAAUUUAUCGAGUCUACGAACGGGUGACCAGGAACGGCCACUUGCUGGUCUUUCUUUAUUACUCCACCUAAAGUGGACCUGUCACCUCUGGCGGCCUUUUUGGGAGUUGAUACCAUAUUCAUGACCAUGCAGACAAUCCGUUCUGUAGAAGCUAGUCAGGUGAGGUCGUUCCCUCUAGUCCCUACGGAAAUUAUCAUCGGCCUGAAUAGCGGUUAAACCUCCAGUAUGGCUGCCGGAAUUGCGCCUACGUGAUGGGUCCCCUUAAAAAAAAAAAAAAAAGUUGAAAACUCGGGUUACAAACAUUUCGACAAAGAUGCUUUAGUGUUCAUUUUGGCAGUUUGUGUUCAUUUGCCGUUUAUGUUAAUUUAUUUUUCUGUGUACUUUUUACUUAUGUAUCUGUAUUAAAAGGGAAUUGCCGUAAGCUUUGGCGUUUCCGCUAGAAGUUUUGGUCUGGCUCCGGUAGUGAUCUAGAUUUAGGUGUCUGGAUUCAGUUGGAGUAUUAUAUUGUUUAUUAUGAUGGCGACACUGCUCUGCGAUUGGUGGACAGUACACACUCUGCUCUUAGUUUUGUGUCUAGUAUUCGUUUGCGUGUUAACGAUUAAGCUUUGCCGAUGGGAGAUUUUGGAUGGGAUCCGUCUUUUUCUCGGGACGGGAGAAGGAUAGGGAGGAAUGUCUGAAGACAGACAUACUCUUUGGUAGAUAUCUGCACCAUUUCAUUUACUUUAGGGUAGUAAAAAUAAAUUAUAUUGUGUUGCUGUUAGCAUUAAGUUUAAGGAACAGUCUAUUAACAGCGUAUAUUAUCAAAGUUAUUAUUUUAGGCUUGUGACUAUGGUAGUAGCGCUGUAGAAGGAUAUUUUACAGUAACCUGCUGUACACUAAGCGCAGUGACCAGCCUCAGUUAUUGCAAAUCAGGAUAAUCUGUAUGUGAAUCAUGGAAGAGAAUCUACUGUGUCAAGUGCGCCAUCUUGUGACCAAGUAGUAGUAUUACAGCAGAGUUUCCAUUUAAAACCUUUAUUUACUGGCAAAUUAAUAGCGCACCCAUGCGUUAUCUAGCAGUCAGUCCUGUAAAUGGCUCCACAAGGUAAAACCCAUCUUCUUGCAAUCCCAUGUACUGUACAGUAUGACUUGGAGAGAUUGCUGUAAAUACUGCUUCUGAUCUAUGUUAUAUAUAUGGUUUAACCUUUUUUUUUUUUUUUUUUGUCCUAUAGAUUGUAGGAACACUAAGCUAGAUAUUAGGUUGUUGGUGGUAUUUGAUCAGUUGUAAGAGCUGAUUUUAAGAGGUAAAUAGCUCAAAAUGCGGUACCUGAACAAAGGCCGUCGCACUGCGUGGUUAAAAAAAAUUCUGCUUAUCUGUUCAGAGGACAGAGGUAAUUAGGAAUAUUUUGUUCUGUUCACAGGGUGGCAGGGGGAUGCUUGACUUACAUUGUCCUCAUGUAUCUAGAUCACCUUUGUCAUCUAGUUUGCUCAGUGUCUACUCACUGUGUAGAUGCUGGAAAUUGGAUCUUUUUGGUGAAAUUAGCCUUUUAAGAUGCUCACCAAUGCGUUACAUCAGAGCCGCGCAGACAGUGUGCAGGAGUUUAGAUUUUUGUUUGAUUACAAAAUAAGAUUUCUCACUCUUUCCAUGUCAUUGAUGUAGGGGACAGUGCUCUGUCUCACUCCAGCCCAGGGGAUUUAUAGCAAGAUCAUUAGUAAGGCUUAUAGGUGGUCACUCCGAGUUGUUCGCUCGCUAGCAGUUUUUAGCAGCCGUGCAAAUGCUUUGCCGCCGCCCACUGGGAGUAUAUUUUAACUUAGCAGAAGUGCGAACGAAAGGAUCACAGAGCGGCGGCAUAAUUUUUUUGUGCAGUUUUAGAGUAGGUCAAUACCUACUCAGCGCUUGCGAUGACUUCAGACUGUUUAGUUCCUGUUUUGACGUCAUGAACACGCCCUGCGUUCGCCAAGCCACGCCUGCGUUUUUCCUGGCACGCCUGCAUUUUUUCGAACACUCCCUGAAAACGGUCAUUUGCCACCCAGAAACGCCCGCUUCAUGUCAAUCACUCUGCGGCCAGCAGUGCGACUGAAAAGCUUCGCUAGACCUUGUGUGAAACUACAUAGUUCGUUGUAAAAUUAUUUUGCGCGUGCGCAUUGCGCCGCAUGCGCAGAAGUGCCGUUUUUUUGCAUCAUCGCUGCACAGCGAACGAAAGUAGCUAGCGAUCAACUCGGAAUGACCACCAUAAUGUACUCUAGAUGUGUGUCUGAGAAAUGUAUGCUACACUAAGUAAUUGGCAAUUUGUGUGUUGAGAAAAGUGAUCGGUUUUCACUCUCCCUGUGUGCCUCUCCUGCGCCCUCUCCCUGUGUGCCUCUCCUGCGCCCUCUCCCUGUGUGCCUCUCCUGCGCCCUCUCCGGGUGUGCCUCUCCUGCGCCCUCUCCCUGUGUGCCUCUCCUGCGCCCUCUCUCUGUGGGCCUCUCCUGCGCCCUCUCUCUGUGUGCCUCUCCUGCGCCCUCUCUCUGUGUGCCUCUCCUGCGCCCUCUCUCUGUGUGCCUCUCCUGCGCCCUCUCUCUGUGUGCCUCUCCUGCGCCCUCUCCCUGUGUGUCUCUCCUGCGCCCUCUCCCUGUGUGCCUCUCCUGCGCCCUCUCCCUGUGUGCCUCUCCUGCGCCCUCUCCCUGUGUGCCUCUCCUGCGCCCUCUCCCUGUGUGCCUCUCCUGCGCCCUCUCCCUGUGUGCCUCUCCUGCGCCCUCUCCCUGUGUGCCUCUCCUGCGCCCUCUCCCUGUGUGCCUCUCCUGCGCCCUCUCCCUGUGUGCCUCUCCUGCGCCCUCUCCCUGUGUGCCUCUCCUGCGCCCUCUCCCUGUGUGCCUCUCCUGCGCCCUCUCCCUGUGUGCCUCUCCUGCGCCCUCUCCCUGUGUGCCUCUCCUGCGCCCUCUCCCUGUGUGCCUCUCCUGCGCCCUCUCCCUGUGUGCCUCUCCUGCGCCCUCUCCCUGUGUGCCUCUCCUGCGCCCUCUCCCUGUGUGCCUCUCCUGCGCCCUCUCCCUGUGUGCCUCUCUUGCGCCCUCUCCCUGCGUGCCUCUCCUGCGCUCUCUCUCCCUGCGUGCCUCUCCUGCGCUCUCUCUACCUGCGUGCCUCUCCUGCGCUCUCUCUACCUGCGUGCCUCUCAUGCGCUCUCUCUACCUGCGUGCCUCUCAUGCGCUCUGUGUCCACUCUCCAGCCAGUGCACUCUUGUCUUGUGCAUGUUUCUCUCUUCCCCCCCCCCUCCCUCCCUCUCUUUUUCUCUCUCUCUCUCUCUCUCUCUCUCUCUCUCUCUGUGUCUCUCUCUCUCUCUCUCUCUAUUACUACCCCUCAUCCUGCUUAUAGUGAAUAAUAAUUUUCCCCUUAAUUGCCCAUUUUUGCCUAGGCACAUACAGUAAGUUGCUUGUUGUGUUUUACGAACCAUGUCGAUCUGAUAUUUGUUGGUACAUGCCCCCAGAUAUCCUUUCUGAGCUAAAACCGGUUUUGGCGGAGUUUCAGGCUGGGAUGAAUCCCGGAAUGCCAGCUUUACCAUACAGAAUGCCUCGAUUUGAAAUACCCAUAAGUGAGAACGUAUAAAAUAUGUUGGAAUUGCUCUGCACUUUAGUUAUAGAUAGACAGACACACUCUACGCCAGUGCCCUCAUUCUUACAUAACAAUACCACUCACUAAAUCCUGCACGUCUGUAAAUGUUACAGCCGGCUUUCUAAUAAUUACUAUUUCCAGCUUAGUUCAUGCUUUAGAGAGAAAACAGGAUCCAUUGAUAACACUGCUGUUACUCCAUCCUGAUCUGCAGCACAAUGUGCCUGUUAUGGGAUAAACCCAUAUACAGCAUAGCAGAGCCGGGAGCACAGACGCGUUAUUCAUGGAGCGUCAGAGCUCCGCAUGGCUCUGCGCACGGCAUCUUGGAGAUGCUGUUGGACCGCGGAGUUGGUUGCAGAUUGCUGGUACUUCCCGAGCUGUAUAGUCCAUAAACCACUGCCCUAAUACACAAUCUGCUGCUUCUUGUGUUUGGAUUGACGCCUUUUUGCACUGUAAUUGGAAGCGGUUCCUCCUUGUCUGGGGGGGCACCCGUAUUGCACUAGUAUAUGUUCUUCUCAAUGCACUGCUUCUGCUGUCCUGCGACUGAGCGCUGUAUAUUCGUUUCAUUGUUAUGUAGAUGUCCGUGUCCUGUGUUUGGGCUGUAUUUCAACGUGCUUUAUUUUAUUUUUUUACGAGAAUACUACUUGCACAGUAGGUGCUGACAAGGAAGGGGUGCUGUUACUUUGUGCCUUGCAGUAAGGUUUCAUAUGGUUUCCGCCAGUUGGAAAAGACGUCUUCUCUGCAUUGUUGAUCCCUGUUACAUAGAACGGUUUUACAAAGCACCUUUCAGCUCCCGGAGACCCCGCUAUGGUGUACGGAUGGAUGUUCCCCGCUGCGGUAGCUGCCCUUUGUGUUUGUUAGGAUUUUCGGAUUCGUGCCACUAAAUUUCCAGCGCUGACCAGCAGGGGUCCCUAUACACCGUAGUAACUGGUGCGGACCACAAGGCUUGCGCUCUCCCCAUACCUCAAAUGCACUAAUGUGGGGCAGGGGUAGAGGGGCAAACACUUUUGCUACACAUUACAUCUGCCGACAGUGGGGGCAAACGGGAUAUACGUACAAUAGAAUUCCCACCCUGGGCGUUUAUUUGUUUAAUGUUAUUGAUCAACAGGGAUAGCUGAAAGUUCCCUGAUUUGUCAUUUCAAAACGAUUCCUAUUAUUUUCCAGGUUCAUCUUUAAAGCGACUUUUGUAACGGUUUAAGACCACUAAAUAUAUGCGGUCAUUGUCUGUGUCGCUGGCGUCUGUAUACUGCUUCCUGUAUAUAAUGUCAUAGCGUUAUAUACACCUUGUAUUGGUAUCAUUCCAUUCUGGGGUGGGGGGCCGGGACUGGGGUCUCUCUGUGCAAUAUAUUGCAAUCCAAAAGAUUUGGAUUUUUUUUUUUUUUACCCCCCUUUAAGUGCAGUUUAUAAAAUGAAAGCCUGGCAUCCGAUUGGUCGAUAUUGUUUCUGCACCUGUUUAUUUGCAGAGAUACCUGUACCCCAGCAUUUGAUGCUAUCCCCCCACUAUGUAAUAGAAUAGCCCCAUUGUACCAAACUGCGACCGAGGAAACCUAAGCCUACAGCGGCGUUCUCCUCUCUGGUCCGGAGCUUUAAGUGACGUGUGAUCAACUUGAUUUACAGGAUUCUAAGAAGAUCUUCAUUACAGAAACAAGACGUGUUCCUCCCUUAUAUUGUGUUUACCUCGUUACGGUAAUGUCCACUUUGUUUUCUACGUCGUAAAAACUUUUUCUCGCUUUUUUUAUUUUGUAGCGAUAUUGUGAGACUGGUGUUAAAAUAAACUCCGGCUACGUUAUUUCA